AUGGGUAAGUGGUUCGGGGCAAAUUCGUCUCUACAGUUCGACGGAUUGGUUCAGAUCCGUACAUUAAACCCAGACCUGGUACCUGGGGAUCUGGCGAGAGUAGGUUCGGGGGAAUUUAGUCGGAAACGGCUAAUCUUUGUGGGCGAUGUGCAUGGCUGCAAAGAGGAGUGUAAGAAAUUCCCCCUUAAAACAUCGGGAAUCCCUUUAAUUGACGAGCCUACAACAGUGGUGCAUCUUCUUGAAAAGGUCUCUUUCAAUCAGAAAGGCGGCGAUCACCUUAUAUUUGUCGGUGACCUGAUCAACAAAGGACCAGACAGUGCAGGAGUCGUGGACUUGGCUCGGGAGCAUUCGGCAUCUAGUGUCCGUGGGAACCACGAGGAUCGGAUUCUGCUUCUUCGACAGAAGAUGGUGAAGACGAAGACCCUCACAUCCCCCGACGACGUUGUAUAUUCCGGUUUCUCAUCCAGAGAACUUGGCGAGCGUGCACUCGCGCGGUCUUUGAGCGACGAGCAAGCUCAGUGGCUGGAGAAUUGUCCAGUGAUCUUGAAUGUCGGCCAUGUUCCUGGCGUGGGCCAGAUUGUCGUCGUGCAUGCGGGACUAGUACCGGGUAUCGAGCUUGAGAAACAAGACCUAUCCAGCGUGAUGACUAUGCGAACUAUUGAUUUAGAUACGCAUGUACCCAGCCCGAAAAAGAAGGGCACAAAUUGGGCUAAGAUGUUCGAUAAACAUCAAUCAAAAUUGUACUCGAGCCUCGAGACUUCAACUGAAGAUCCUCUUGCGAACACCAUGACUGUUGUCUAUGGCCACGAUGCUUCUACCUCUCUUUCUAUCCGCACAUUCACAAAGGGGCUCGACUCGGGUUGUGUGAAGGGUGGGAAGCUCACAGCUUUGGUCAUAGAGGACGGUGGAAAGCAAAGUCUUACACAGGUAUCAUGUCACGACUAUUCCAAGGAAUGA